CAUACGCUGGCCCGUUGCGAGCCCGCUGAUAUAACUGCGCUGCUCUCGUUUCCUCGGCGAGUUGCGUUCACACGCAGUGUUCAUUCGCGAUUUAUAUAUCUUCGGAUCCCGAGUGGCGGAUGAGAUCUCGUCGAUCGGAUAUAUCUACGUUCCGUCGUGUUUGUUCAUUUCGGAGAACGAACGCGUGAAGGGCGCGAAAAGCGUGAUCGUGUGCGAUUCCCGUGCGAGUCUUGUUUCCUCCUCGAGGAAACCGAUCGAGUACACGCGUUAAUCUUAGCGGUGUAUCGAUUAGGUAACAACGUCAACACGUCCGGUGAUAUAUCCGGCGAACAUAACCGGUGACAUCCGGUUGCUCACAUGGCCCAUGUUUUGUUUCUGUGACCACCUUGCAGCACAACUACGUGGCUCCCUCUCGAUCGUUGUUUCCGCUUGCGGCAACGAGCUGCCAUCGUAUCCAAAGCGCGCGCUUCGACGACCUCGUGUGCGAAGAUCAGGGUUCGUCUGUCUCUCUCGCGACAGGCGGAUAGCUCGCGGAACGUUCCGCUAACGGCGGGAUGCCGGGACAACGCUGGUACCAACAGUGAGAUGUCUGCUGAUAGACGUAGCGAUAGUAGUUGUAGGAUCAUCGACGCGAUUACCGAGUCCUUGAUCAACGACGUGGCUGUCAUCGGCAGCGGCAACGCGUUAACGUCCAGCGUCUCGAGCGACACUUCUCAAUCGGAUGAAAGCGUGUGAUUGACAUUAUUCCGAACGGCCCAACCGCUGUAAUAUCGAGAAUUUGCUUCAGAUUGCGUUCUCCAUUUGCUCUCUCUCUCUCUCUGCUGCUUCCAAACUUUGACGACGAAACGGAAUAUUCGCGGACGAAAGUGCAACGUUAUUGACGGCGUUCGCCGUUACGUCCAGCCGCGGUAUAAAGUGCAUUUAACGGCCCCGUAAUCGUUGAAGACAUAGGACGCCUUAGAUGAAGAAAGGAGUAGAGUAGAAACGACAUUGGGAGGGACUUUAUCGUUAGAGCUCGAGAACUUUUAUUCCUUGGAGUAUCGCUUUUCACGAGAUCGCUUGAGAUCUUUGACGAACUUACGACGAUUGGACAGGGAGAUGGAUACAUUCUUAAUUAUCGGCAUCUGUUUCCUCUGUUAUGAGAUGUGCGAUUUAAUAAGACGAUACACCGGCCCGCAGGCGAUAGAGACACAUCAUCCGGCGGAGACGACCAUCAACGCAUCGCCUCCGCAAAAAGUAUACUCGAUUUCUCGCAAGAUUCAAGGACCUCGCGCCUGUUGCCCGCAAUAGAUCGCGCGUUUGGCUCCGCGAAUAAUUUUAUUUCGAAUUGUAUAUUUGAACAUCUCUGUGUGUUAAAUUUCGGGAAAUGAGUCGUUUUGUGCGAGCUACGAGGAAUGAAAGGGAUCUUCGCUGAAAUCUCAAACGGAUAUAGAAUCUCCGCUGAGCCCAGCUCGAGCAAAUGGAUGGUUACGUGAGAUGAGAUGGAUUUACAGUUCCGUACAGUGAUAACAGAUGCUCGUCUCGGAGAUUCAUGAUGUUUACGGAGGUUCGGGGCGGCAACGCGGUCGAUAAUGAUUUGUCAGCUGUUACGUCAACUGAAAUAUAGACCAACGGAUCGACUAGUUCUCGAGAGUGAUGAAUUCGUAAAUGCGAAAGCUACAAUUUGCAAUUUGUGCUGAUAAACGUGUCGCUUCAUUCAUAAAUGUCACGAGCUGGGAGGAGCACGCAAGGUUAAAUCGAUAAAAAGACACAGCGAUAGGAUUUUCCUUAUUAACGUGAUGUGUUAGAAUCUGUAUUUUUCACAAUUGGUGAUGUGUGGGCGAGCGACGACAAUACGCGAUCACUCGACACUUUGUUCGCGAAUACCUAAAAAUAUCAACAGCUAUGGGCUCACUCGAGUGGAAUUGGUCGCUAAAGUGAACACGAAGCACGUCGCGCGACAUGAAAAAUAGAGGGUGGGCCGUCGUAAGACUUUUGAGACUCGUUAAGUGAUAUUGAUUGAGUCAUCGUAUGGCUGAUAGUCCGCUUCCGUAGGAAGCGAGGGAAAAGCAAACUUGCUUAAUGAACUUUUCGCUACGUGCCUGCGGAUGCAAACUCUGACGACGUUUAGUGCCGAACGUCAGUGCAACCGCACGAAAUCGCUACGUACGUAUAAGCAGAGAAGUGAAGUUUGUUUCGCACGCGUCAGCUAAACCGGCGUUGACGUGUGAAUAGGGUGGCGCGUCGUUUUCCAAAAUAUAACACGGCGUCCUAAUAUACCCGCAUGUCUAACAUUCGUAGCGGGAAGGAGAGGUGCGAUAAACACAGGUUGCUUUAACACAGCGAUUGUCUACGUUCACUGCCCGCAACUCAAUCUUGACGUUCGCGGUCGGAAAAUUUCUAUACAUUGUACAACAGACUUACAAUCCGUUCGCGGUUGAUGCAACGAGUACGUUAUAACGCAAGAACAUUUCGUCGAGAUUGGAGGCGAAAAGGACCCGACACAGCUACAAAUGUAGCAGAAUUCAGCGAAAUUAAACUUUUACUGCAGUUUUGCAGUUAUUUACAAAGGUCCGAUUGACCUGACCUUUAAGAGGCAGGUGUUGUUAAUAAGUUAAAUAAGUUUCAAGUGACCCCGCUGUCAGUGAAAUAAAUUGAAAUAUCAGUCACACUACUUUCAUCUAAAAACGUCCAGUGAAAAGGAUCUAAUAAUGACGAAUAAAAGCGCCGAAUAAAUUAAAUUGCCGCGAUAUAUUCUCUUUCUGAUGUCGUAUAAUGUUACUCUUUGUGAAUAUAUAUCAAAACCCUUUCCGACGAUUGCGAGUGUAUUUUCUGUUCAACUCGAGUGGUAGCUCUCAUGCCGGAGGAUUUAGCGCGACGACGAGAGUCGAGACUUGUUGACUCAUCGCGACGAAGAAGGGGAGAGGAUCAUGACUAAUGUUCGAUCUCGGCUUCAGAGUUUGAUGUUCCAACGCAACGAAGUGACCCCUUUCCGGUCGAUAUUCCGAGAGAGAUCAAAGCGAUCCAGAGAAAACAUACAAAAUUAGAAGACAUGGACUCGCUGGAACGUCUAAUGAGUUCCCGUCCUCACCAUCCGGCUCUCACAACGGCCACGCGAUCACAAAACGCCUUUGUACAGGCCAAUCUCUGCUCCGUGAUAGGCCGCAAAGGACGACACCUCAACGGCACCUUUUGUCUAACCGGGGACACGAUGGAAGGCAUCAUACAAUGCCUGGUCUUCCUCAAAGCUUUCUCGCUCGUGGGCGGUGAAUUCGACAUGGAACUGAAUUUCGUGAUACAGGACGCGCAGAACAUCAGGCAUAUGCUGGAGCUUCUCGAUCAUUGCCCACCCAAUCUCCAGGCCGAGAUAUGGAGCGUCUUUAUCGCAAUCCUGAGAAAAAGUGUCAGAAACUUACAAGCGUGUACGGAUGUGAGUCUCAUAGAACAUGUUCUGCAUCGAUUAUCUCGUGCGGAAACUGUUGUCGCCGAUUUAUUAAUCGAUAUGCUGGGAGUGCUAGCAAGCUACAGUAUAACGGUGAAAGAAUUAAAACUUUUGUUCGGCGCUAUGAAAGCUGUCAAAGGAAAGUGGCCACGGCAUUCGGCGAAAUUGUUAAAUGUCCUGCGCCAGAUGCCACAGCGAAAUGGGCCCGAUGUAUUUUUCAGUUUCCCCGGUAGGAAGGGAUCGGCGAUUGUCUUGCCGCCUCUUGCAAAGUGGCCACAUGAGAACGGAUUUACCUUCACCACAUGGUUCCGCCUAGAUCCUAUCAACUCUGUUAAUAUCGAACGAGAAAAACCGUACCUCUACUGUUUUAAAACAAGCAAAGGAGUAGGAUACUCUGCACAUUUCGUAGGCAACUGCUUAGUCCUGACGUCUAUGAAAAUAAAAGGCAAGGGCUUCCAACAUUGUGUCAAAUACGAAUUUCAACCACGAAAGUGGUAUAUGAUCGCGGUAGUGUAUAUAUACAAUAGAUGGACGAAGAGUGAAAUCAAAUGUCUGGUCAAUGGUCAGUUGGCGUCGAGUACAGAAAUGACAUGGCAUGUUUCGACAAAUGACCCUUUCGAUAAGUGCUACAUCGGAGCAACUCCCGAAUUGGACGAGGAGCGCGUGUUUUGCGGACAAAUGAGUGCAAUAUACUUAUUCAGCGAAGCGCUGACGACGCAUCAGAUAUGUGCGAUGCAUAGACUAGGGCCGGGAUAUAAGAGCCAGUUUCGUUUCGACAACGAGUGCUACCUGAAUCUGCCCGACAAUCAUAAAAGGGUGAGUGAGCAGGAUCUCUCUACGAGCAUGGUGGACCAAAGUAUGCAAAUUGUACUUUACGAUGGAAAAUUGUCGAAUGCAAUUGUGUUCAUGUACAAUCCAGUAGCAACAGAUUCGCAGCUUUGUCUACAGAGUGCACCGAAAGGCAACGUCUCCUAUUUUGUACAUACACCACAUGCUCUAAUGUUACAGGAUGUCAAGGCAGUCAUAACACACUCGAUUCACAGUACGCUAAAUUCGAUAGGUGGUAUUCAAGUAUUGUUCCCAUUAUUCUCACAGCUGGAUAUGCCUUAUGACUGCAUAGCACCGAAUGACGUUAAACGCGAUCCUACGUUAUGUUCAAAAUUACUCGGCUUUAUUUGUGACUUGGUAGAGAGUUCUCAAACGGUUCAACAACACAUGGUACAAAACAGGGGAUUUCUAGUAAUAAGUUUCAUGCUACAGAAAGCGAGUCGAGAUCAUCUUACGACGGAAGUUCUUGCAUCCUUCCUGGAGCUCACGAAACAUUUAGUGACGUGUCUCAGCGCAAACAGCGAUCUAUUAUUGAAACAGUUGUUUUAUUUUUCAUUCCUAACAUGGCAGCUACUGGAUCAUGUUCUUUUUAAUCCUGCUCUAUGGAUAUAUACGCCAGCGCCAGUACAAACACGGCUUUACUCGUACCUGGCCACAGAGUUUCUUAGCGACACGCAAAUAUAUUCCAAUGUGAGACGUGUGUCGACAGUUUUACAAACGGUACACACACUAAAAUAUUAUUACUGGGUGGCUAAUCCUCGAGCAAAGAGUGGAAUAACACCAAAAGGACUUGAUGGACCGCGUCCGCAACAGAAAGACAUUCUUACAAUUCGUUCUUAUAUCUUAUUAUUUUUGAAACAAUUGAUAAUGAUCGGUAACGGGGUGAAAGACGACGAAUUACAAAGUAUUCUUAAUUAUCUGACAACAAUGCACGAGGAUGAAAAUUUGCACGACGUUUUACAAAUGCUCAUAUCUUUGAUGUCGGAACAUCCGUCAUCGAUGGUACCCGCAUUUGACGCGAAACAAGGCGUACGAACCAUUUUCAAACUUCUAGCAGCUGAAAGCCAGCUGAUACGUCUACAAGCGUUGAAACUGCUAGGAUUUUUCCUCAGCCGCAGCACACACAAAAGGAAAUACGAUGUUAUGAGCCCGCAUAAUCUGUAUACGUUAUUGGCUGAAAGACUCUUAUUGAACGAGGAAACGCUUUCAUUGCCGACAUAUAACGUUUUAUACGAGAUUAUGACCGAGCACAUUAGCCAACAAAUAUUGUAUGCUAGACAUCCUGAACCUGAAUCCCACUAUCGUUUAGAGAAUCCGAUGAUCCUGAAGGUGGUCGCGACAUUGGUUCGACAAUCAAAGCAAACGGAACAAUUGCUAGAAGUGAAAAAAUUAUUCCUCUCGGACAUGACGCUGCUGUGCAACAAUAAUCGAGAAAAUCGGCGAACGGUUUUGCAAAUGUCUGUAUGGCAGGAAUGGCUUAUCGCCAUGGCUUAUAUUCAUCCCAAAAAUACGGAAGAACAGAAGAUAUCCGACAUGGUGUAUUCCUUAUUUCGCAUGCUUCUUCAUCACGCUAUUAAACACGAAUACGGAGGCUGGCGUGUAUGGGUUGACACGUUAGCUAUUGUGCAUUCUAAGGUAUCCUACGAAGAAUUCAAACUUCAGUUUGCUCAAAUGUACGAACAUUACGAGCGACAAAGAUCCGAUAAUAUUACGGAUCCUGAAUUAAGACAGCAGAGGCCGAUUAGCACGAUUUCUGGAUGGGAUCAACAGCAUUCCGGAAGUAACGGCUAUAACAGACCAGCCGUGUGGGGAAAUCAACAAAAUCACGAGAUACAACACAUGGAACGGAAUUACAAGGAGUUCGAUGGAACCGAGGCAAAUGAUCGAUUGGAGGAAUCCUGCAGUUGCGACCUCAAUUCAAUAGACAACACCGAAAGCGACGGUAGUCCAGCCAUCGUGAAAUCGCGCAGCGAGACUCUGGAUACUCUACAAUCGUGCGAGGUGGUGUCAUUGGAUUCUAGAUUAAGCGAUAAACCGGAAACGCCGACCACCGCGCGCGAGACUCACACAGAAACGCCGACCAUCCUCGAGGAAGCGAAUAGCGAAGCUGUCUCGCUGCCGACCACGCAAGAGACCAGCGAGGUGAUAUCGAUUGAGAGUUCCAGCGAUUUUUACAGUGAAGUACAUAAAAUCGAGAGUUCCAGUCCUGAUUCGAUGAUUGUCCAGGAUAUACCGAAGAAAGAAGAAGACACAGCUUCGGAAAAGCAACCAGUUGCUGUUACCGAAUCCCCUUCGACCGAACAGAUUAAGGAGACCACGGAAGUGACAGUUGUCGAAUCGAAAGACACAACGGAAACUGCGGAAGUUACCAAUGUCUCAGAUACAGCUUCUACAGUAGCGGAUAAAGUCGAAAUUACCUCCGUAACGGACAAGGAAAUACAGGAUAAACCUGUCGAGGAAAAUAACGUCGUGAGCGACGACAGUAAUACACCGACUAACACUGAAGAUUCCGAUAAAACUACGACGACAGUCGAGAACGCAGAUGAAAACUCUGUUGAUUCAAAGACCGACGUCGACACCGAGAAAGAUACUGUGCCAAUUGUCCCUUCUGACGAAACACGAGAAGCAUUGACAGUUAAAGUUAUUGAAAAACUUCAACUGGAGAACGAUCGUGAGAUUAUCGACAGCGAUACAUCAGAAGCAUAUUUAACGCCAACCGAGAAUCAGGAGAUCUCGAGCGAGGUGAGAAGCAGAACGUCUGAAGGUGAGAAAGUCGACGAUGAUAUAAUCGAGAAGAAGGAUGAUUCCGAAGACAGGGACAUUACCGCUGAGACUGUUGAGAGCGACGAAGGGGAGACCGUAAAAAAUCUUAAUUGCUCAACUAGCGUAGUAGAAAGCGGCGAGACUUGCGCGGAGAAGACGGUAGAUCUAGAAGACGAGAAGACGGAAGCAGUAGUAGUGAAUAGUGCGUUAAGUAGUGACGAACGUGUCGUGGAUUCUUUAACGGAGGACAAAAGUGCUGUUAUUAAUGAUAGCGAAAACGCGAAGGUAAAUGAGGAACACUCAAGGGAGCCGUCCACUAUUUCUACUAGCGUAAGUGAUAAUAAGUCAGACGUUCCGGCGACGACCGGCGAGGUAGAAGUAACAGAUAGUGUUUGUAGUAAUAGCGAUGUUCAAAGUUCUGUAGAUAAUGUGACGCAAGUGCCAAAUCCUAAGCAGCAAAUCCCAACAAUAUCUACGGUCUGUGAUGCAACUAAAAGUUUAUCCGACGGUGUGCCUCAAAUCGUUAGUUCUAAUGUGGUUGCCAGAGACAAUGCGUUAUUGAAUGACUUACCUCCAGAUCACGUAGACGCCCAUCGCAGAUCCAGCCUGCCGAUCGUAUCCUCGGAAACGGUCGCGGACGAUAACAGUCAUGAGCCACCCUCCUUGCCUGUGCCCUUACGAAAGACAUCGUCGCCCCAGAAACGACCAAGGAGUGCCUCAACGUCCACGCAGGUGGAUCCAAAUCAUUUCGAAGCCAAAAGGUCGAAGCAAGGAAAUCCUUCCACGCGACCAAUGUUCAGUCCAGGUCCGACGCGACCUCCAUUCAGAAUACCGGAAUUUAAAUGGUCUUACAUACAUCAACGGCUAUUGUCGGACGUUCUAUUCUCCUUGGAAACGGACAUUCAAGUGUGGAGAAGUCACUCGACGAAGUCUGUAUUGGAUUUCGUGAACAGCAGCGAAAAUGCUAUUUUCGUGGUGAAUACUGUCCAUCUAAUUUCGCAGUUAGCCGACAAUCUCAUAAUAGCUUGCGGUGGUUUGUUGCCCUUAUUAGCGUCGGCCACCUCGCCGAAUAGCGAAUUGGAUGUAAUCGAGCCAACUCAGGGGAUGCCAAUCGAGGUGGCAGUUUCUUUUUUGCAAAGAUUAGUCAACAUGGCCGAUGUUCUUAUAUUUGCUAGUUCAUUAAACUUUGGAGAACUGGAAGCUGAGAAAAAUAUGUCGAGUGGUGGCAUACUACGACAAUGCUUACGACUGGUCUGUACAUGUGCCGUUAGAAACUGCUUAGAGUGUAAAGAACGUGGCAGAUCGUACAGCAUGUUAGGUCGGCAAAUUGGUUCUAGUAAUAAAUCACAGCACAUACAAUCGCUUAUACGCGGAGCUCAAACAUCGCCUAAGAACAUCGUGGAUAAUCUUACGCAUCAAUUAAGCCCUGUGAAGGAUCCCGAGAAAUUGUUGCAAGAUAUGGAUGUAAAUCGCUUGAGAGCUGUAAUAUACAGAGAUGUUGAAGAAACCAAGCAGGCACAGUUUCUGUCUCUUGCUAUAGUUUACUUCAUCUCUGUAUUAAUGGUUUCCAAAUAUCGCGAUAUAUUGGAACCACCAAUAUCACAGCGUCCACCGAGUCCAGUGCAAACGAUACAGACAAAUGGUGCCGGUCUCAGGCCAGGUAGUCCUUCAGAUGGGAAUGGUGGUGGAGAAGGUCGGCCCCUAUUUCCACAGUGGUCUCACCACGUGUAUCCACAGUUCCUCCCAGGAUCUCACCCUAACGCCAAUGCGAAUGUCAAUGCCAAUCACCACAUCAACCAGCACCAUCACCAGCACCCGCUACCGGCUGCCAGGCACUCUAAUCGCCAGCCACCCUCUAACUAUUAUCUCCCGAAUCACCAUAAUAAUCACUACAACCAUCAUCCGAAUAACCAUAACUAUCAUCGUCAUCACCACUAUCAUCAUCACAAUAACAACAACCAUCACCAUACGCUUCAAAAGCAUAUCGAUCAGCCCCGAAAUCUCUGUCAUAGAAACUCCGGUGUCGGUCUGCAAGGUAGCGGAGGUAUAAUGAGUCAAUCGGGUUCUCAAGACGAUGGAGAAUACGAAGUCAUUAUCGUCGACGAGAAUAAUUCUUCGAUUCUGGCCGAUCACGAUGUUACAUCGUCAGGUCCGCCAUCGACCAAGGGAGGUCACAGUGGUGUACCUCGGCCGCGGACUAUUCUCGAGGAUUACACCUCAUCAGAACCAACGCUUGGCACUUCUACAAGGUCCGAACCACUGCCACGAAAUCUGCAGAGCAACGAUUCCAGCGAAGAGACAGUACAUCGCAGCAAUAUCACCGCGGACGCGAGUCCUUCUGAAAUUACUACCGAUAAUGAGAACAAGCACAAUUCGUCCGAAGAAGCUUGGACAGACGUAAACCUCAAUGAAGACGGCGAUACGAUGCCGAUCACGAAUCCAAGAGAAGACCCGCGAAAUAUUCACAAUAUCGCUCAUUCGCGUGGUGACAUGCAAGACAGCGAGGGCAACGUUCUGGAACAAGAAAUGCUCGGCAACGCGGAACGGGGCGAAAAACCGUCGGCGGAAAUCUCGGUGGUUCGAGUUCCCGAUCGACUGGUGGUGACCGCAGCAUCCCCGAGAGCCGAAGAGUUACCUAUCAAGGGUCUGGUCGAUCAUUUGCCGGUACCGACACCUUCCCGCGAGGCUUCGCUCACACAAAAGUUGGAAAUGGCUCUGGGUUCGGUUUGUCCUCUCCUACGAGAGAUCAUGGUGGAUUUUGCCCCCUUCCUGUCCAAAACACUCGUUGGCUCCCAUGGUCAAGAAUUAUUAAUGGAAGGAAAAGGUACGAGCUGCAAGGGUUUGACUACAUUUAAGAACAGCAACUCCGUGGUGGAAUUGGUCAUGCUCCUCUGCUCCCAGGAAUGGCAGAACUCCCUGCAGAAGCACGCGGGUCUCGCUUUCAUCGAGCUCAUUAACGAGGGAAGAUUGCUAUCUCACGCUAUGAAGGAUCACAUCGUAAGAGUCGCAAACGAGGCAGAGUUUAUUUUAAACAGGAUGAGAGCGGAUGACGUGCUGAAGCAUGCUGACUUUGAGUCUCAGUGCGCGCAGACGUUACUGGACCGUCGAGAGGAAGAGCGUAUGUGCGAUCAUUUGAUUACCGCAGCACGAAGACGCGAUAACGUAAUCGCCAGCAGAUUGCUGGAGAAAGUUCGCAAUAUCUUGUCCAAUAAGCACGGCGCAUGGGGCUACAUGGAUCCAAUGGCUGCAAAAUUGGCCGAGUACUGGAAACUGGAUGCUUGGGAGGAUGAUGCACGUAGACGCAAGCGUUUCGUGCACAAUCCACUAGGCUCGAGCCACCCCGAGGCUACUCUCAAGGCGGCUCUAGAACACGGUGCACCCGAGGAUGCGAUAUUGCAGGCACGUGAAGAAUUUCACGCGCAUCUCGCAGCCUCGCGUGCACACCAGCAGCAAUUGCAGUCGGCGGAUCUCUUAGAUGACAGUGAAUUGCUGUCGGACGACAGGGAUCUCGACAACGACUUGACAGGUCCGGUGAACAUCAGCACGAAAGGCAGAUUAAUCGCACCCGGUAUCGUGGCGCCUGGAAUCAUUUCCGUUACAUCUACAGAGCUGUAUUUCGAAGUGGACGAGGACGAUCCGGAGUUCAAGAAAAUCGACAGUGAGGUGCUGAAGUAUUGCGACCACUUACAUGGAAAAUGGUACUUUUCCGAAGUACGCGCAAUUUUCUCGCGACGAUACCUGCUGCAAAAUGUGGCCAUCGAAAUCUUUCUCGCCAGCAGAACCUCGAUCCUGUUUGCGUUCUCGGACGGUGCGACGGUGAAAAAGAUGAUCAAGGCGCUACCGCGAGUCGGCGUUGGCAUCAAAUACGGGAUACCCCAGACUAGACGAGCAUCGUUGAUGUCACCGCGACAAUUGAUGAGAAGCUCCAAUAUGACACAAAAGUGGCAGCGUCGAGAAAUUUCGAACUUCGAGUAUCUAAUGUUCCUGAACACAAUUGCCGGUCGCACGUACAAUGAUUUGAAUCAGUAUCCCGUAUUUCCUUGGGUGUUGACAAAUUACGAGACGAAGGAACUUGAUCUCAGCUUACCGAGUAAUUAUCGAGAUUUGUCAAAGCCGAUUGGAGCAUUAAAUCCAAACAGAAGAGCUUAUUUCGAGGAACGAUUUCAAGGUUGGGAACACGACACUAUACCACCUUUCCAUUAUGGCACGCAUUAUUCUACAGCGGCCUUUGUUUUAAAUUGGAUGAUACGUGUGGAACCGAUGACAACUAUGUUCUUGGCGUUGCAAGGCGGCAAAUUCGAUCACCCCAACAGGCUUUUUUCGUCUAUCGCGCUCUCGUGGAAGAACUGCCAGCGUGAUACGUCCGACGUUAAGGAGUUAAUUCCGGAGUUCUUCUUUCUGCCGGAAAUGCUGGUAAACAGCAAUCGCUAUCGUUUGGGCAGGCAGGAAGAUGGUAGCGCGGUCGGUGAUGUUGAAUUGCCACCUUGGGCUUCGUCUCCCGAAGAAUUUAUACGUAUAAAUCGAAUGGCACUCGAGUCCGAGUUCGUAUCUUGUCAAUUACAUCAAUGGAUCGACCUGAUAUUCGGUUACAAGCAGAAAGGUCCGGAAGCCGUGCGUGCGACCAAUGUUUUCUACUAUUUGACGUACGAGGGUAACGUGGAAUUGGACACGAUCAACGAUGUCAUGAUAAGAGAAGCGAUCGAAAAUCAAAUUAAGAAUUUCGGACAGACGCCAUCGCAGCUCUUGAUGGAACCACAUCCUCCGAGGAGUUCAGCGAUGCACUUGUCACCAAUGAUGUUCUCGAGCAUCCCGGAUGACGUGUGUAUGACCAUCAAGUUCCCGUCUAAUUCGCCGAUCUGUCACAUCUCGGCUAACACUUAUCCCCAAUUGCCACUGCCAUCAGUUGUGACGGUAACUACCGGACAACAGUUUGCUGUCAAUCGGUGGAAUACCAAUUAUGCAGCAUCUGUGCAAUCUCCGAGUUAUGCAGACACACCUCAGGCUCAGGCUGCCAACCAACCAUUAUCUAUGGACCCUGUUCUCUCUCAAGCGGCAAAUAGCUCAAAUCCAAUGUUACAACGUCGACAUCUAGGCGACAAUUUUAGCCAAAAACUCAAAAUUCGCAGCAAUUGUUUCGUCACCACUGUGGACAGUCGAUUCUUGGUGGCCUGUGGAUUUUGGGAUAACAGUUUCCGCGUCUUUUCGACCGAAACAGCAAAAAUCGUCCAGAUAGUCUUUGGUCAUUACGGCGUCGUCACUUGCUUAUCACGCAGCGAGUGCAACAUCACUUCCGACUGCUACAUCGCAUCCGGAAGCGCGGAUUGUACCGUCCUUCUCUGGCAUUGGAACGCCAGAACUCAAACCAUCGUCGGCGAGGGUGAAGCACCGGCACCACGUGCCACCCUCACAGGUCACGAACAGCCUGUGACAGCCGUCGUUAUAUCUGCCGAAUUGGGUUUAGUUGUUUCGGGAUCGCAUUACGGUCCAGUACUUGUUCAUACUACUUUCGGCGAUCUCCUAAGAUCGCUCGAAGCACCGAACGGAUUUUCGUCACCCGAAAACAUCGCUAUGUCACGCGAAGGCGUUAUUGUGGUGAAUUAUGAGCGUGGACACAUAGCGGCGUUUACCAUAAACGGAAAGCGUCUUCGUCACGAGUCUCAUAACGAUAAUUUACAAUGCCUAUUGCUAAGCAGAGACGGUGAAUAUUUGAUGACAGGAGGCGACAAGGGUAUCGUAGAAGUUUGGCGAACUUUCAAUCUUGCUCUACUUUAUGCUUUUCCUGCAUGCGAAAGUAGCGUGCGUUCUCUCGCGCUCGCUCAUGAUCAAAAGUUUCUUUUAGCUGGUCUGGCAAAUGGGUCCAUUGUGAUAUUCCACAUCGACUUCAACAGAUGGCAUCAUGAGUUCCAGCAGCGUUACUGAAAUUACGAUUUCCUCUUCGCCUAAGAAAGUAAGGCGAAUCCCAUAAAAUGUUAAUACAGACUUUUGCGCUUAUCUCUUCAAAUGAUAUGACAAUUUUGAACCUAUAUGUAUAUCUCGGACAAAUAGCGCUUCGUUCGUGUGAUUCCUCGUUGAUCGUGGGUCAUUCGCGAGAGUUUACAAAUGUGCAAAUAGAAACAGAAAUAUUAAUUUGCGCGACAUUUGUACGGGCCAGCUUCUCGUCAGACAGUUCUAGUUUUAGAUUCGCCGCAAUUUAUUCCAAUUUAAAAUAAUCAGUCAGUCGUUUCGGAUCGAGUGCAAUGAGCGGCAAUGAAACGAGUACUGUAUUUUUAAGCGUAUAUAUGCUGUGGAUUUUAAACGUUCAGCAAUAAACUCGCUUUUCGUGGCUGCGUGCAGUGCUUCCGUAAGGAGAAACGUUCGAACGGAGGAAGAUAUAAGGCGCAAUCACAGAGAUGCAAUCGGAAUUUCAGGUUUAUAUCUCUGCGCUUAAUUAAUAUACCGAGUCAAACCCACAUCUCUCAAGCUAAUAAAGCGUGAAAAUUAUACGCGUGUCGCUCGAAACGCUAGUCAAUUAAACGAAGACUCGGAUCUACUUAUUUGCGGAUUGUUCGCGUGAUUUCGUCUCACGCGAACGUAAAGAAAGAAGAGCAGUCUACGCUCUACCGGGGAAAAAUAAACCGCUGAUAAAACAGAAAGAGAGGAAAACCGCGCGUCGACAAAGAUGGCGGAGCUAUGUGAACAUAUGUUAUUUUUAUGCCUGAAACUGCACGUGGAUUUGGCCACGACACUUUAGCGUUAAUGUCCAAUGUAAAUACGGAUAUAUUCUUCACGUUAUAUAUAUAAAUAUAUAUAUAUAUAUAUAUAUAUAUACAUACACACACGUACAUACACAUGCGCGCGCGCUUAAUUCCGUAUAUAUCAGAUGGGCGGAGGAGGAGAUAUGCGUAUUUUAUCGCGAGAGAUUUGCAUUGUAUUCUUCGCAGACGCGUAUUAAUGUCGCUCACGUCGAACUUUUUGGCUAAGCACCUUGUACGUUCAGUUUGGACUACGAAUGCACUGCGAACGCACUGCGUAUAUAUGCACUGAUGCCGACGCGCCGGAAAUGGAGAUGUUGCGCGGCGAAAGUUUUUCGCUAAUCUAUAUCGAAUUCUCCGGAUCGUGUGGUAUCAGUUACCCGCUACACUUUCUACACCCUAAUAUUCGCGUCCUUCAAAAGAGAUCCUAAUUUUUAUCAAAGCCGUCCAGCUUAACUUUCGCGAGGAUAUUUCUUAGUAUUUUCGCACGCGACGUAUAUUAAUCAGCAAAGCAAGUUAUUUAGGCUAAAAACGACAUCCCGAAUUCAUCCUUAAACAUUCCGCGACUUGUCGAGGAUCGUUUGUGUGUAAAUGCGUCAUCGGUGAUCCCCUUAGGAUUACCUCGAGUGACGAUGAUAGAGCAGAGUAUACGAGAAGGGAGAGAAAGAGAAAGAAAGAAAGAGCGCGUAAAUGUGAGAAUGAGAGAAUGCAGACAUAUAUCUUACAUCCAACAACGAUGGGGAAGAAGAUGCUUGAUCGUGCAUAAGUGGUAGAAUUUACUCUGGCUGGAUUUUCGUUCGUACGUCAUCGUAGAACGUGUGAUAGCUGUCUCGUAGGUAUUACUACUAAAUACUAUUGUCAUUCUGAGUCCUGUUUCACGAAGAAACCGUAAAACAUGGGACAUAUAGGUAUAGCCUUCAGUUAUUUGUACGUAUGAUGAAUAUAGUGUCUUGUUGUCAUCUCAGUUAAUCUUAUGUAACGAGUCAUUAUUUAUCUAUCUAGGGGAAAAUCUUUCAUUCUGUUGUCGCUAUGUUUAAUAGCCAUACGACUAUAACGAAUGUAUUUCUAUAGUUAUCGCAACAGUAGUCAGAAAAUCUUCGUGUAUACGAGAGAAUGAUGAGAAGUGUAAGGGCGCGAAAAAAGAGAGGAGAGAAUAAUAAGCAGAUAAGAGGAAAAAAAAA